AAUUGAUCGAACCCAGGAAUCUACCCAAGUGUUACAUAUAUAUAGUCUGAAUUCGAAUAUAAAAGCCAAGCAAGUAAAGGCGAGACUUUGCACAUCGAAGAUGAACAUUCGCGCAGCUGUUUGUGUCGCUUUCCUCGCGACGCAUCUAAUUGUUAGCCUUUGUUCGGGUGCGGCAAUACAUUUGAGUAAAACAGUUAUUCCCCUCUCGAUUAGUUCGAGAAUAACAAAUGGCCAGAAUGCUGUACCAGGUAAGCACCCUUAUCAAGUUUCGAUUUGGUGGGGAUUUCCGCCGUCGAUUCCUCCUCGCCAUUAUUGUGGCGGAGCAAUAAUCACCAACGAAUGGGUCAUAACUGCUGGUCAUUGUUUCACCGAUGCCCCUGACUACGGAAGCCUCACCGUUCACGCAGGAACUUACACGAACGCUGAAAAUGAAGCUAACCGGCAAUCAUCCGCUAUUAGACAGUACAUUAUCCACCCUAGUUACCAGGGAGACGCAGGUCCCCACGAUCUUGCUCUGAUAAGGCUUACCACUCCAUUUAAAUUCACUUCCUUCGUAGCAGCGAUUGCUUUACCUAGUCAAGGCACUUUGCCAACCGGAAAUGCCGUUCUAACUGGAUGGGGAUCAAUAUCAACGAAUGAAACGAUAAUCCGUCCAAAAGUAUUGCAAAGGGCUACUGUUCCCAUUAUUACAAACACUGAAUGCUACAACGCUCUUGUUAGUUUCAUUGGACCUUCGAAUAUUGACGCUAGCAACAUUUGCACUGGACCUCUGGAUAAAUCCGGAAUAGCAUUUUGCUCUGGGGAUUCAGGCGGCCCUCUUGCCCAACGUUUGAACGGGGUUUGGCAACUUGUAGGUAUCGUCUCAUGGGGUGUUUUCCCAUGUGGAUAUCCAGGAAUUCCAUCCAUCUACGUGAAAGUUUCUUCCCACACUAACUGGAUCGUCCAACAGGUCGCUGCUAACAGUCGAUCAGUUAUCAAAUUAAGAUUGAUUCAAUCAAAUGUUGAUAAUGACCCCUGCGACUAUCAUACCCAUAAAAGCCUGAUCUGCCAAAGGUAUUCUCAGACACCGAAAAUGAAGGUUCUACUGAUCGCUUGCCUUGCCCUCGUCGCCAGCGCAUUCGCUGAGCAAAACCAUAUCAGUUUUCGCAAGUUCCCUGGCAGCGGCCGCAUCACAAACGGCCACGAUGCCACCCCCGGUCAAUUUCCAUGGCAAAUAUCUUUGCAAUGGGGCUGGCCACCAUUCCAAUCUUUGUCUCACGUCUGCGGGGGUGCUCUGAUCUCCAACGAAUGGGUGAUCACUGCUGGUCAUUGCUUUACUGAAAUGCCCAGCUACGGUAGCUUUGGCGUAAAAGCUGGAAAGCAUGUGAUCAACAGGAAUGAGCCCACCGAGCAAUAUUCCGAUAUCAGUCUUCGCAUUAUUCAUCCAGAUUACGAAGGAGGUGUCAACCCCAAUGAUAUCGCGCUGAUCAAACUCGCUACACCUUUCACCUUGAAUGAACGAGUUACUCCCGUCAACCUGCCUCCAGCAAAUGCAGUCCAUACCGGAAAUGUAGUGGCCUCCGGAUGGGGUUCGACAUCCCUUACUUCCAGCUCAGUUAUGCCCUCAAUAUUGCAAACUAUCGUAGUUCCUGUCAUCUCAAACUCAGAAUGCUUGGCAAUCCUCGCCAGCCAUGUCAGUGGUGACCUGCCUCUAAGGCCUACAAACAUCUGUACUGGUGACGUUGAAGACUCAAGGAUCUCCAUGUGCUCUGGUGACUCUGGUGGACCGCUUGUCCAGGAAGUUGAAGGAGUCUGGGAACAUGUCGGUAUCGUUUCCUGGGGACUACAUCCUUGUGGAUCACCAGGAACCCCAUCUGUUUUCACAAGAACAGCCUCAUUUGUCGACUGGAUAAACCAGAACAUUGCUGACAACAGUUAAAUGUUCCAUUAUUUGGCAUGUAAUUGAGAGCAACUUUCCUUAUUACAGUACCACAGGGUGCUUGACAUCUAUGUACACUGAUUAUUCCUGAUAAACAAUCGACUUGAUUGUAAAAUAA